AUGAAGUUUGGGGGCUUGCUUGGUCCAGACAAGACAGAUGUUCAGAAUGUUGCCAUUUUGAACAGGCUUGUACAUUACGGUCACACAGCAACAACAUUUGAAGCAGACCCCCGACAUGUUGAGAUUAUUUUGAAUGAGUUGAAUUUGACAACAGCCAAGACAGUUUCGUCACCCGGUGUCAGCAGCUCCAGUCCUGAUGAGGCAUUGUUGACAGGUACUGAUAUCACAAGGUACCGUAGCUUGACAAUGAGGGCGAACUACCUGAGUUUGGACAGGCCAGACAUCGCCUAUGCGACCAAAGAGUUGGCUACGAGGGGCAUGCAGACUCUUACUCAGGGGCACUACAACGGCUUGAAACGGCUUGCAAGAUACCUUGGAGGACACCGGAGGCUCGUGUGGCGCUAUGCGGAACAGUCGGAGCAAAGCAAGUUGAACAUGUUUUCAGAUUCAGAUGAUGGUGGAUGCCUCACAACAAGGAAGAGUACUUCAGGUGGUGCAUUGAUGCAUGGCAGAGAGUCGGAGUUUUAUGCAGGCAUCAAAGCUGGGAGUGUUUUGCUGGGUGGCAUUGCAACAAUGCAAGAUUUGGGUUGUGAGUUUUCAGCAGAGUUGGUAUUUGAUGCAACUGCCGCGAAGGCUAUGCUUGCGAGGCGUGGCCACGGUAAGGCCAAACACAUUGCACGAUGUUUCUUGUGCCUGCAGCAGAGAAUUCAGGAUGGUGACAUUGUGUUGGGCAAAUGCGGCACCAAUGUGAAUCCAGCGGACUUGGGAACCAAACACCUGGAUGGUGCCCGCAUUGCCGAGUUGUUGAAUCUCAUGGGGCUGACAUUUGAAGAAGGAGCCCAUGAGAUGGCCCUGAAAGCAUAA